AUAAUUUAUGUAAUAGCCGUAAAUAGCCCGAUAUCAUUCGGCAGUUGUUGAUAUUUAGAUGCAAGUUAAGUUAUUUUAUUUGCAAUCGAUCUUUUUAAGAGGUUUGUGACUUUGGAACAGUACGAUGAGUAAAAAAAGGUCUUCAGUUUGGAUUUACUUUGAAGAAAAUGACGAAGAUUCGCGUAAUGUGCAGUGCAAAGUAUGUGAUACAAAAAUUUCUCGUGGAGGUAAGGGGAAAAAAGCUUCGACGUCGGGUUUGAUAAAUCAUUUAAAGAACAAACACAAGGAGGAGUAUCAGAAAAUACAUAAAUCUAUCUCAACGAAAGAAAACACAGCGGAUGAUGUCGUUCCCUGUUCAAGUAAGUCCACAAAGCAAUUAACCCUUUACGACUGCCAAGAAAAAACAAAAAAGUGGGAUAUAAAUGACCCUCGGGCUGUGAAAUACCAUUAUCUGAUUGCCGAAAUGAUAGCGAUUGAUAAUGAACCACUGAACAUAGUUGAAAGAUCUGGUUUGAAAAGAUUGUUAAAUGAGAUCCUGCCGAGAUAUGCCAUACCGAGUAGACCGUACUUUUCAGAGAAAAUAAUUCCUGAACUUUAUGGAAAAGUAGUAACAAAGAUUAAAAAAAAGCUUGAAGACACAGAUUAUAUAUCAAUCACUACCGACUUGUGGACGUGCUUGCAAAACUCUGUCAGUUUCCUCAGUUUCACUGCACACUGGCUUGACAGAGAUUUUAACUUGACACAUGCUGCACUUAAUGUAAAACACUUUGAAGGGCAACAUACUGCGCAAAAUAUAGCAAAUGCUCUGCAAGAAAUACUGAGCCGGUGGGAAUGCCCUUUAUCAAAAAUUCACGUCAUUGUUCAUGACAAUGGGCGCAAUAUUGUUAAGGCUGUCAGUGAGGCUAAAAUGAAUUCUGCAUGUUGCUUCAUACAUACACUACAGUUAGUAAUCAAAGACACUCUCAAAAUUUAACCUGAGAUCGGAAAAACUAUUGCUGUGGGACGAAAAAUAGUAACCCACUUUAAUCAUUCGAGUACUGCACAAGAAAAACUGAAAAAAAUUCAGGAAGAGCUGGGAAUAGCCAAGCAUAAUUUAGUGCAAGAUAUAACAACACGGUGGAAUUCUACCUUUUAUAUGUUAGAAAGGCUUCUUGAACAAAAACGAGCUAUUUCCCUCUAUCUAACUGAUACAGUAAACAUAUCUAAUCUGACUGCAGAGCAGUAGGAGAUUGUAAACCAAUUACUAAAAUUAUAAAAGCCAUUUGAAAAGAUAACAAAAAUUUCUAGUUCAAACUAUUCAUGCUUAUCUGAAAUUAUUCCCCAUGUUGUUACUCUUAACCGCUACUGCAACAAGGCCGUGUCUUCUGACCUAGCACCUAAAUUAAAGUUUAUGGCGAUCGCUAUGCAACAAGGGAUAAAACUACGUUUUUCACAGAUUGACGAUAAUAAAAACUACCUGAUAUCAACUUUGUUAGAUCCAAGGUUUAAGACAAAUUUCUUCACGAACCAACUGCAAAAAGAAAGAGCUCAGCAGUACAUUCUGGU